AGGGCCAGGCACAUUUCAGAGCUUGUUCCAAGCGAGAUAGAAGCAUCGCAAGGUCUAAAAGAAAGAAGAUGUCUGUACCAUGCGGAAUAUAAAGCUUUCUGGUGUUAGUUGCGCGCUUCAGGAAGCUUUGGCAGGAUGGGUUCUGAACCCACUGGAGCCUGUCUGUCAGCCAGAAACAGCAAUUGAAAUGAGACGGGUUGGGCUGCACGAUCGAAUUCAAUGCAAAGAAUCGAGGGUAGUGCUCGUGAUUCGACCAAAAAUUCGGCUCUGCCAAUCUCGAGCGCAAGUAUUGCUCUGGAAAACGCGCAUCCCUUCACAGGGCUCCAUGGGGACGUUGAGUCGCAGCAAAGCGAUAAACCCACCGCACACAGGCCCUCCACCGUUCAGCCCCCGAGCGUGCGGGCCGCUAAAAAUACCGCUCCGGCGGGGAGCUACGGACCCCAAUGGCAACCUUACAUCACUGGGAGGGGGGCGGAGGACGGGGGGCUUUGAUGUACUACGAUAAUACUUGCGACGACUCCUCAACCCAGCUGGCAUCACUUCCGUUUAACAAAGCACCGACCAACCAUCUCGAGUCGCCAUUUUGCCUCCCCCCCAAGGGCCAAGGCCAGGGAACCGACGACUCGCCCGACUCUUUCGCCUUCCUCCAGCUUUUUGACGUUGACGCUCUCUCCAGC